AUGGCCGCAAAGUAUUCGGUCAAGUUCUUUGGAAUCAUCAAAGUAAUGCUUUACGGUUUCAAAAUUAUCGGGCUUGCACCCUUCUCUGUUGAAAACUUUGAAAACUCCAUUUACCUUUGGGCCUUGCAUUCAUCUAAUUUAGGAUUGGUCUAUAAUAUUCUACUCUCGCUACUGCUUUUAAUUCUGACCACAGUUUCAUUUCGGAACUCGGUUUCUAUGAAUUAUGAAAACAAAUCAACAUUGACUACAAUAAACGAUGCAGUUCUGGGAAUUUUAGCAGCCUGUACAGCUUGGAUUAUCAUUAUUUCCUGGGCUUUUAAGCAGAGUAAAGCUGCAGACAUUGUUAACAAAAUUUUAGAGCUCGACUUUCGCGUGACUCUGAAGAAGGAACGAUCGAAUGAAAGGACGUUUAUAAUGGUUUCAAUAUACGUGACGAUCAACGCUUGUUUGUGGAUUUGCGAGUGGGUCCAGCAAGCUCUUCUAUCCACAGUUCCGACCCUCGUUCUUAUUUAUUUCACCAUACCAUAUUUGAUUAUUUCCAUGUUUAUUGUAGAAUAUUGCGUGGUCGUCAGACUGAUAGUCAAGGAGCUUGAAAGCGUGAACGAGAUUCUAUCGGAUUGCAUCGAUUUCCGCAAUAACUUGUAUCCCCGCGCACUGUUUCUCAGCUGCAAUAAUUCAGAAGUAUUGUCUUUGCCGAAUAACAACCAGCUGACUGUGCUUCAAUCAGCGAAACUUACCGGUCGGAUAGUGCACAAAUUAUUAUCGAAAACAACGAAACCGGAAAUCAAGUCGGAGCUCGAACAGUUCUCUCUUCACUUGCUGCAUGAAGAAUUCUACUUUACUGCUUGUGGAUUUUUCAAAUUGGAUUUCACACUUUUGCAUGCGAUGAUGGCAACUAUGGCAACCUAUCUUGCAAAGCAAACCGGUCUGGAAGUUCACAAGCUAAUGGCUACAACAGCGAUACCAGAAAUCAAAGCAGAGCUCGAAGAAUUCUCUCUCCGGAUACUACACGAAGAAUUGAAUUUCAAGGCGUGUGGUUUCUCUCAAUUGGACUUUACGCUUUUACAUUCGACAAACAAUGGUUUACGUCAGUUGGAGUUCGACUGCGGCCUCUACGUGCGUAUCAUUGCAGAUGAUAACUGA